AUGGAGCUCCCAGAUCCUUAUAAAGGAAGCACCAGGGGACAGAAGGCCACUCAAUGGCUUGACAGAAUGUUCCUUUGGGUAGCUCUACAUUGUCACCAAUUUGACAAAGUAGAGCAGAUGGUGGUAUGGAUCCUAUACCACACAGAAGACAAGGCAGCUGUCCUGGACAUGGUCAAGACAGACCAGUACAAAUGGUUGCAUGCUGGCCCAAGCCCAAAUUUGGCACUCCCCCUCAUCAAUAACAUCAUAAAGGGAGAAGGGUCAGCCCCCAAAAACAUCCAGGCCUUAGGAGUAUACUUCAAGGAAGCCUUUGCCAACCCAGACACAAAAUGGGCUGCUGUGCAAAAAAUUGCCUCCCUUGCCCAGACCACAUCCACAGCAGAAUAUGUCCCAAAGCUCUGCAAACUUAUAGGAGAACUAGACUGUAACAAGGAAGCAUACAUUGCCCAGUUUACAAGGGGUCUUCAUUGGAAGGUCAAAGAGCUCCUGUCUACUAAAUACAACAUCCCUGAAGAGCUCAAAGCCAUCUUUGUGGUGGCUAUCAAAAUAGACAAUACCUGCUGCAAGAAUGAAAAGAACUGCCCCAAGUCCAAAGGCAAAACCCUGAUCACAGCAACCACCUCCACCACCACUACCACACAUUAG